AUGAGUGCUACUGAUAAGUCCGACAACAUUCCUUCCGCUGACACUGUUCAGAUGGUUAUUUCUGACGUUGAUGGUACCCUUUUGGAUGCCCAUCACCGUUUCCACUUCCGUACCUACCGUGCCAUGAGUUACAUUCGUCAAACCCGCCCUGACUUCCCUAUUGUCUUGGCUACUGGUAAGCAACGCUCUGCUGUUGACUUGAUCCGUAUCCCCUUGGGUAAGGUUGUCUCUGCCGAAUACUUGGAACCCUCGGUUGUCAUGGAGGUUGUUGAAGCCACCAAGCACAACCCCAACAUCGCUAACGUCGUUUACGAUGAUCAAAAUGUUUACAUCUUAACUCCUGGUCGUGAAGACUUGAAGAACGUUAAGCGCUUGGAGGAAAUCGGUGAAAAGGUUGUCUGGUCCAUGCCCUUUGAAGAGGCCAAGGCUAAGGUUUUGUCUGGUGAAAUCAAGGUCAUCAAGAUGGCUGUCUGUGAAGACCCCGACAAGCUCGAUGUUGUCCGUGAUAUCUUGAAGCCCUUCCCUAAGGACAAAUUCACUACUACCCAAGCUUUGGCUUACUGUAUUGAAUUGAUUCCCUCUAGCUGUAACAAGGGUACUGCCCUCCAAACUAUCACCAGCAAGAUCCUUCCUCACAUCAAGAACGAGAAUGUUAUCGCCUUUGGUGAUGGUCAAAACGAUUUGACCAUGUUCGGCGUUGCUGGCUGGUCUGUCGCCGUCAAGAACGGUAUGCAAAUCGCCAUUGAUAAUGCCCGUGCCGUCUCCCGUGUUGGUAACGAUGAAGGUGCCGUCGGUGAAGUCUUGGAGCGUGUCUUCAACAUCCCUGAAGACUACACUCCUCCUGAGUACAAGUUUUAA